AUGUCUUUCCUCCGCAAGACCUCCGAUCCUCCAGCAUUCUUUCCCAUCUUCCCUACAUAUCUUCUCCCCUCGAUCCCGUUUCGCCGCAAGUCGCGUCAGUCGAGCACCGACAGCAGCAGUUCAACGGACACACCUGCGUCCGCCGCCUCGGCCGCUUCGAACCCCUUCACCAGAAGCCCUACCCCGACCCCAAUUCCCGUCUCAUCCACUUCAUCUACUAUGGCUCCGCCGGAGGGCAAGUUCCUCAAUGGCCACAGCUCCCACAUUCAAUGCGCAAAAUGCUCCACUGAUCUGUGCCUGACUUCGCAGAUCAUCAGCAAGGGCUUUAUGGGCAGACAUGGUCGAGCGUAUCUGGUUCAAGGGACAACCAGCCACAUCCAUACCAUAGCCCCUUCCUUGCCUAAUACUUUUCAGAACAAGAACAUCUCGCGAAACCUCGUGACGGGGCAGCACAUUGUCAGCGAUAUUAGCUGCGCAAUCUGCGACAGCAUACUCGGAUGGAAAUACGUUGAAGCCAGUGAAGAGAGCCAAAAGUACAAGGUUGGCAAGUUUAUCCUCGAGACCAAACGCAUUCGCAUCAACGUUUCGUGGGAGCAUGAGGGGGAUGACACCAGUCCCUACGCAUACGAUGAAGUCCUACCCCUGCCUCCAAGAGACCUGAGAAAGAUGGUCGAUGGAGCUGGCGAUCCGAGCGAUGAGCUCGAAUUUGACUCGCAAGACGAGGAUGAAUGUGAGGACCUCUUUGCCGGAGUAUGGAGCCCGCAACUUGCUGCUAAGAGGCGGCAGAGGAAACGGGAGCGGUUUGGCAGGCGUCCCGCUGGCAGCUUGAUCACCUUUGGAGCUGCGAGCAGUACCGAUACUCUAUCAUGA